CUCGGCGUACUUUUUUGGCUUUCCCUAUGACUUGUGCCCUUUGGUGCAUUCUCUAUUUAAGCGUGCCCCAGACAGCUGCCACGACAUUUCUUCUGCUGCCACCGAUCGGUUCACUAGUAUUCCUCAUUCGCUCAUUGCUACUGGCCACGGCACCUGACCAACACUUCUUUGCAAGACUCUUCCCACUGCACAAUGUCUGGGGGUGAAUCUUCAGCCUCGGUCAUCGACAAGACCUCCACCGAUCCAAAGGAUGCCAUCCUCACUGUCGCUCAUCAACACUCUCUGUUCAAGCAGAGAUCCCUAGACACCGCGCAACGUCACCUGGAGACCGUGAAGGAAAGAGGUGGCGAAAUGCGUGUCUGCUUGCUUGGAGACUCCAUGUUCGAGCGCAUGUCAACCACCGGCCAAUGGGAGACUCUUGAGCCAUUUCCGUCAGAGCCCAUGUUGCCCCAGUUAGACAUCGACGACCCGGUCAGCCGCGCCCGAUCGCGUGGUGUUGCCAACUUCGGCUGCGGCGGCGACAAAAUUGAAAACAUACUUUUCCGUGUAGUCGGAAAUAAGGAAUUGGCUCUGGAAGGGUUGACGGAGAAGUUGCAUCCCUCAGGCGACACUCAACGGCCUCCGAGGCUUUGGGUCAUCCAUGCAGGCACAAAUAAUCUCAAGCCUAAAAAGGGUCUCGAUAGCAAGAGCCUGUGUGCAAUGGAGACUCUGCUUUGCACGUUGCACCAUCUGACAAGUCCGGGCACAAGAUUCUUGUUGACCGGGCUGUUCUACCGCAAGGACAUUCGAAAUGAGCUCGUCGAUGAGGCAAACAAACAAUUGCGGGAGCUUGUCAUCAAGCUCCAGGACAGAUCCACUGUUGAUUUAUUCGAAGUACAGCCACGGACCUUCGAGUUCUUAGCACCAGAACUGGAUUGGGACACCACAACCAGCUUGCUGGACGACCAUGUCCACUUGAAUUUGGAAGGCUACCGCAUCUGGAUGAAGAAGUUGCAGCCAAAAAUAGAGCAAAUGAUGGGCUUCUCACCACCAUAG